AUGAGCUUCACGUGUAUCCACGCUAGUCAUGUGUUGUUCCUCUGCGAUUUGUCGCACGUUACGGAAGCUGGGGCCAUCGUUCCGCUCUACUACGCCUCGAUGCAUACACGCAAUCCGUUUAUCUUAUGUGAAUCGUCGCAGCUUCACCGACAACUUCGAAGUGCAAUGCGAGACUGGGUUGAAAAGGAGUUAAUGCCUGUUCUCGAAGACUGCGAAGCUUCCGCACAGAUACCAGAUGCGAUCUACCAGAAAGCUGCUGUCGCAGGCGUGCUGAUGCCAGCGGCUUCUGACGCUUGGAUACCUCAGGAAUGGCGCGGCAAAUAUCCUGUCAUCGAGGGCAUUGCUGCGCAUCAGUGGAAUGGCUUUCAUGACUUCAUUUUACACGAUGAAUUCGGUCGUGUUGGAGGAAUCGGAUUCGAGAACGGUCUGCUCGGAGGCGCAACACUAUGCCUGCCAUUAUCCAAAAGCACGGCUCGCAGGCCAUCAAACAAGCUGUCAUCCCAGUCGUGUUAUCUGGUCAAGGACGUAUCUCGCUUGCAAUCACCGAACCAACAGCAGGCUCAGACGUACAAGGCAUUCAAACAAACAUUCAACCAUCCCAGAAAGAAGGUUGCGUUAUCAUCGAAGGGUCCAAAAAAUGGAUCACGGGCGGCAUGCACCGCCGGAGCUGCCUUUGUGGAGUUUGACCAGGCGGAAGUUCCCAUCCAGAUGAUUGUUGGUGAGCGUGGGAACAGGCUUAAGUACACGAUGUCAGGUUCUGUUCACGAACGACUCUUCAUAGGAAUGCAAGCAUUGCGAUGGUCAAGAGUAGAGUCUCUUCACAGUUGGUUGGAGAGUCUGAUCUACCAAUCUGGAGCGCUCUCAAAACCAGAUCAAGAUCUCAUCACGGCAGGUCCCACUGCAACCUUUAAAGCUCACGCUGGGCUGGUCCUCGAGUACAUCGUGCGCGAGGCCGUACAAAUCGUUGGGGAAAUUGGUCUAACAAGAGGUGGUCAGGGUGAAAAACCGAGAGGAUCUGGAGGGACGUAA